AGAUUCCUGUAUUUCUAUGGGUGAGGAACGUUGGCAAGAAGAAAGCCCAUGGUGGCAUCAAGACCACCAUCACCAGCACAUGUUCUCCUCUUAUAAACCGCCACAAACCGGCAUGGCCGGUGGUAGUUAUUCCAAUCAACCCUCUUCUUACUGGUGGUGUCCCACACCUCAAAUGGACAAUAAUUCGGUCGGGUCCGUCCAUCACAUACAACAACAUAACUCCAUGAGUAGAGGAGCUAUGCCUAAAGCCAUGAAGGGUUCAGAGACUAAACCAAGAGGUAGGAUGACCGCCUACGCAUUCUUCGUACAGAUCUGCAGAGAGGAGCACAAGAAAAAACACCCUGAGGAAAACGUUGUUUUCGCUGAGUUCUCUAAGAAAUGUGCUGAAAGGUGGAAGACCAUGACAGAAAAGGAUAAAAAAAGAUUUCAUGAUCUUGCUGACAAAGAUAAAAAACGUUAUGAGUCAGAAAUGAAGGAUUAUACUCCUUCAGAAAAUGAUAAAGGAAAACGUGGAAAGAAACGUAAACAAAUGAAAGAUCCAAAUGCACCAAAGAGGCCUUUGUCAGCAUUCUUUCUUUUUUCUAUUGAUGAGCGUAGCAAUGUCAAACAGGCUAACCCAGAAUAUACUGCUGGAGAUACAUCAAAAGAGCUUGGCCGUAGGUGGGCUGAGGCCGACCCCGCUGUCAAAAGUAAAUAUCAGGAAAUGGCUGAUAAAGAUAAACUUCGGUAUGAUAGGGAGAUAACAGAAUACAAAAAGAAGGGCAAAUUCACUAGCUCAGCUACACUUGCUGCAAAGAAAAGAAAAAGUGAUGAUGAAGACGACGAAGAAGAAGAGGAUGAUGAGUGAUCAAAGCUUUUAUUUAAUUCGGGAAAUUGUAAAUUUGUUUUACAACCAUCUUUUCUACGGGUUUUAAAUCAUAAUACUUUAUAAGUAGAUCCUACAGAACACUAUAAUACAAGAACUGAUAAAAAAUGAAGAAUUUAUAAAAUUACUAAUUAAAGGUUUGUGUUUGUUUAAUCUUAACAUUUUUUUUUUUCAUUGAUGUUACAUAAAUUAUUUCCUAAAUUUUACUGUUUCUUAAAAGCUCACAUCCCCUCUCAUACUAAAGUGGGGUUACUCAAAUGAAUCAUAUUACCUUUUUUUACUGUCAAGAGACUGUUUGUAAUAGUCACCAAUUUUGCCUUAUUUUUAUAUUAAAAUUUUAUUAGUAAUAGCGUGCCCUGCUCGUAUAAUAAAUAUAUUAUAUACAUAUAAUACUAAAAUAUUACGUACUGUGAAAAAGGAUAUAUUGGUUCUUCAGAGGCACAGAAUUGAUAUUCAUUGCAAAAAUCAAUACAGACGUUUCAUCUUGCUAAUACAAAAUAUCUCAAAAUAGGAUAGAAAAAGCGUCAAAUAUCCAAUAUACAGUCCUCAAUGCAAUGCAGCACAAAUAUAUUACAUUGGGAUGAACAAUUAGUGUUGCUCAGUUAAUUAAAUUAUAAAUUAUUAAUUUUUUUAAAUAAUUAUAAUUCUUUUCUUUUUUUGUUUUGGUUUUGUAAAACUACUUCCUUGAAUCAUUUUUCUAAUACUCUUUUUUUAAUACUUAGAAUUGUACAAAUGAGCACAUAAUUAAUUAUGUUAAUAAUAAGACAAAUUGAGUAAAUAAAUAAAACAUUAAUAUAUAUUUUUACUAGUUGAAGAUGUACAUAAUAUAAAUAACCACUAGUUUUAUUAUUAUGUCAUAAAAUUAUCUGCUGUUGUAUCUAAUAGUAAAAGGAUUAAGGGUUCAAUUGUGGCAUUUAAAAAAAAACUAGUGGUCAUUUUAGUGUAUAAUUUUUGCAAAAAUAAAGUUACGUUUUGUACAUUCCAAUGUUGGAAAUAAAAUUGUAUUAGAGUGGCUCUUAAAUAUCAUUAAGAAAUAAAAUAUUUUUUGUCCAUUAAUUACCAUUUUAGAUUUACUUGUUUAUGGUUUUCAAUAUGCUAUUAAAUUAUUUUAAAUUUGUUGA